UUGUGUCACCGUCCUCCCGCAGGGACAGCGUGUUGGGAGGGGCAGCAGUCAGACUGCAGCUUGCUGGACGCGCUGGAGUCCUUUUUCCACCGCUGCGGGAAGUGUGGAGGGUGCUUCGUUGGGUGGCGACUUUCUCCUUGUUGCUGCUGCUGUUUUGAAUCUACAAGCCAAAGAAUUGGAAGACGUAUUUAGUUGAAUUGUAAAUAGAUCUUUUGCAGUCUGGCAAUAUGGCUGAUAGUCCGAACUGUGAUUUGAAAUAUCUGAGUCCACUUCAGCUGUUCGAAAGAGUAACUGAACAAGGAGAGAAAGUCAGAGCACUGAAAGCAGGAAAAGCACCAAAGGAUGAAAUUGAUGCAGCAGUGAGGAUGCUACUAUCAUUAAAACUGUCAUAUAAAACAACAACAGGGCAAGAUUAUCAAGCAGGCUUGCCUCCAAGAGAUCUUGUAUUAAUAAACAAUGGUGCAACUAAGGAAGAGGAUGAGGAUUUUGUGGACCCCUGGACUGUGCAGACAUCAAAUGCUAAAGGCGUGGACUAUGACAAACUCAUAGUUCGGUUUGGCAGCAGUAAAAUUGACACGGAUCUGAUCAAUCGAAUAGAAAGAGCCAUUGGGCAAAAACCUCACCGCUUUCUACGCAGAGGAAUCUUUUUUUCUCACAGAGAUAUGGACCAAAUCCUUGAUGCUUAUGAAAAUAAGAAGUCCUUUUACCUUUAUACAGGCAGAGGGCCGUCCUCUCAGGCAAUGCAUGUUGGUCAUCUUAUCCCAUUUAUAUUCACAAAGUGGCUGCAAGAAGUAUUUGAUGUUCCCUUAGUUAUACAGUUAACUGAUGAUGAGAAAUACCUUUGGAAGGACCUAACAACUGAGAAGGCAUAUGAGUAUGCUAGAGAAAAUGCAAAAGACAUCAUUGCAUGUGGUUUUGACAUUAAUAAAACCUUUAUAUUUUCUGAUUUAGACUAUCUGGGAACAAGUACUGGAUUCUACAGAAACAUCGUCAAAGUUCAGAAGCAUGUUACAUUUAACCAAGUGAAAGGAAUCUUCGGCUUUACAGACAGUGAUUGCAUUGGAAAGAUCAGUUUUCCUGCUAUUCAAGCUGCUCCAUCCUUCAGUUCAUCAUUUCCACAGAUCUUCAAUGGCAAGGAGAACAUUCAGUGUCUUAUCCCAUGUGCUAUCGAUCAGGAUCCUUAUUUUAGAAUGACCCGAGAUGUAGCACCUAGAAUUGGACAGCCUAAACCAGCCUUACUGCACUCGGUCUUUUUCCCAGCUCUGCAAGGAGCACAAACAAAAAUGAGUGCUAGUGACCCAAACUCCUCCAUCUUCCUCACUGAUACACCCAAACAAAUCAAGACAAAGAUUAACAAGCAUGCCUUCUCAGGAGGCAGAGAUACUAUUGAAGAGCAUAGGAAGUACGGAGGUAACUGUGAUGUUGACGUCUCUUUUAUGUACCUGACUUUCUUCCUAGAAGAUGAUGACAGGCUUGAACAACUGAAGCAGGCAUACACAAGUGGGGAAUUGCUCACAGGGGAGCUGAAGAAGGUUCUUAUUGAAACAUUGCAGCCCUUGAUAGCAGCUCAUCAAGAGAGACGGAAGCAGGUCACAGAUGAAAUGGUGAAGCAAUUCAUGACUCCACGGAAGCUAGCUUUUGAAUUUUGAAGAAAUGUGUAUGUAACUUACCACUUGAUAAACCAAAACGGAGUAAUUGUUGUCUUCUGUUGUAUGUCAGCGCUGCCUAGUUAUGUACAGCCUGCAAUCAGUGCUUUAUAAAUACUGCUUUUAAUAAGUUAAAUUACAAUGAAUGUCAGAGUACAGGAAAAGCUUAAAAUAGGACUUGUAUCUAUUUAAAAUCAGAAUAUAGAAGACAGAAUUGCCCGAACUUGCAGAAAAGCAUGUCUGUCAGCACAACACUGUAUUUUAUUGUAUUUCAUGUUGAAAAUAUAAAUAAAACUUCCAUUUUGAUGAUAAA